AUGGCAGAAUCAGCAGUCGAAUCGGUGAAAUUAGCAGCCAACAAUGUUACAAAGAGGCUCCAAAAAGAACUUCGGACACUAAUGAUGUCUGGGAGUCAUGGGAUAUCUGCAUUUCCAGAAGGUGACAACAUGUUCAGAUGGAUUGGAACCAUUGAAGGAGCCAGUGGAACUGUGUAUGAGAAUCUGGCAUACAAGUUGUCACUGACUUUUCCUGCGACAUACCCUAUCGAGGCAGUCAAGGUGAAGUUUGAAACUCCUUGCUAUCAUCCAAAUGUGGACAGCCAUGGAAAUAUCUGCUUGGACAUUUUGAAGGAGAAGUGGUCAGCCUUAUAUGAUGUUCGGACUGUGUUAUUGUCAAUACAGAGCUUACUUGGAGAACCAAAUAUUGACAGUCCACUAAAUGCCCAGGCUGCUGAUCUAUGGAAGGAUCAAACAUUGUAUAAAAAGGUUCUGUUAGAGAAAUACAACAAAGAGGUGAGAAAAUCUGAUGACUCGACACAGCAGCUUCAUAAACUCUCCUGA